GCGCAGUCGUGGCGCGGACGCUCGUGCGCAUAGGCCUCACAGUCUCCAGUCGAAUAGCAACAGCAAGAGUAAGAGCAGCAGCCGCUGGCUUUCGGUUGUGCUGCACUUCAGCUUUGUUUUGCAUCUUUCGGCGUUGGUUACUUUCAAUUUUCAGUUUUCAGUUUGUUUGUUUCGGUCACUUCGACGUGUCGUGUUGCAAUAUGAUCGUUAUUUGCAUAUUCAUUUCGUUGACAAUCGUUUCGGCGCUGAAUUAUGUGAAGACGCGUAGGAAACGUGCGCUCAUCACGAAUCUAAGUGGUCCCUUGGCUUUGCCGCUAAUCGGUUCGGUGCAGAAGUUCUUAUUGCUGACGCCAAGAAAUUUUCUCGUCAAGUCACGCAAUUAUCUCAACAAGUUCGGCACGCUCUCGCGCUGUUGGGUCUUCGAUCGGCUAUUCAUACUCACCGCCGACUCAGAGUUUGUCACACAGCUGCUGCACAGCGCAGAUCAUUUGAAUACGGGCUACAACAAUCUGUUGCAACCGGUCUACGGUGUUGGACUGUUGCGACGAGAUGCCGACGAAUGGCAACAGCAGCGACAACUGAUCGCGCAUGCGUUGCGUCCACAGAUGCUGACGGACUUUGUGGAGAUAUUUGCAGCAAAAGCACAGUUAUUGGUGGAGCGCCUACGCGAAGAAAGCGAUGGUAAAAGCAGCUUCGAUAUACAACCGUAUGUGCAGAGAGCGGUGCACGAUAUGCUCAUUGCAACUGCAGUGGGCGUGGAGAGCAAAGCGCAGUGUGCGCCAGCGCAGUAUGCACAAGCUGUGUCGGCGCUCAUUGAGCUCUUCAAGUCGCGCUUUCUUAGUCUACACUCCGCGAAUGCCGCAAUCUAUAGCAUACUUUGUCCGCUGAAGAAACGUCGCCAGCAGCGUCUAUUGAAGACGCUCAAUCGCAUAAAUAACGAAUUGAUUUUGGAGCAACGCGCUGUCGCUACAACAACACCGUCAGCUGAUAAGUCGUAUGGCGCGGUUUACACAAUCCAAGUGCAUGAGUCACCCAGCGAAACUGAGCCACUGCGGCUUGGCACACUUUUGAAACAGCUGCUCGCUGCAGAAAUAGCCGGUGAGCCACUGAGCAACGCAGAGAUCAGCGAUGAGCUGAAUACCUUCAUAUUUCAAGGUUGCCUGCUAACACCGGCGGCAAUCUCUUUUGCGCUUGUCGCGAUCUCACGACAUCCGAGCGUACAACAAAAAGUACUCGAUGAAUUGCGUAGCGUGUGGCCGAAGGGUACGCCGUGCACUUGUACACUGGAGAAUUUACAGAAGCUGAAAUAUUUGGACUGCGUUAUACAGGAAACGCUAAGACUAUACCCGCCACAGCCGAUUAUAGCGCGCGAUCUCAAGAAGAACUUCAGCUACACCCACUCAAAGGUCAAAGACGGCGUUUUACCCGCUGAAUCGGAGAUCUAUAUAAAUAUAUUUGAAAUACUGCGUCAACCGGAAAACUUCGCAGAUCCCGCCUGCUUCCGCCCCGAGCGGUUUAAUACCGCUGAAAGUACAGAAAUGCUUGCCUGGGGUCUUGGCCCACGCAAUUGUGUGGCUCGAAAGUACACUAUGCUGUUGAUGAAAUCUGUGAUUGCCCAUUUACUACUAGCUUAUGAGGUGUUGCCUUUUGGUGCGGAGCUUUGUUUGGAGGUGAAAAUCGUUUUGUGUUCCUCGAGUGGUUGGCAAGUUGCGUUGAGAACGCGCGAUAAUUAGUUACUUAAUUGUUCAGUAUUUUUUUACAAUAGUGGUACUUUUUGGGGGUUUUAUAUAUGCAUUUAUCAAUAAAAUAUUUAUAUACACGAACAUUAAUACUUAGAUGGUGUUUUAAUAGGAACGUUUAUUGCUUUGACAAAUGUAUCUUUUCUUUGACUUUGAGAUGAUGGCGGUUUAAAAAUUUGUUUACAGUUAAUGAGGUUGCGGAAUCUGGUCCAAUAUUUCUUCAAUAUAUAUAUAGAUAUGACAGUUUGAGACACUUCGAACUUAGUGCAGAAUUAUUUGAUGUACCUUGAGGCAGACUCUAGUAUAAGAUUUCUUUGAGCUAAGAUAUUUUAGACUAUCACAUCUUAUUCUAAGAACUUAUAUAAUUAUUGAGCAAGCUUGAAUUUUAAAUAUAUAGAGAUAUAUUGAUAUACCAAAUGAUGCAAACGCGUUAACAAAUACAUUCCACAAUGUUG